AUGUUAGCAUUAGCUGCAAGCGUCUGUGGGGACGCUCCAGAUACCGCCCCAAAACGCUCCCUUCUCUCAAAAAGAAGUGGCAGAGACGUGGACCCGCGGGGUCUGCGUGGCGCGCACCUGAGCGGCCGCGGCUCCCCGAGCUGGGGCGGGAGGAGCGCGGGUCGCCAGACCGUCACCUUGCGCCUCGCGUGGGCGUGUAUCGCUUCGGAAACCCAAGUCUUCUCAGGCACCCGGUCCUUCCCAGGGGAGGAAUCGCUGGUCCUCCACGCCGCCCUAGGCGGCUCUCUGGGUCCUGCUGCCUCCCGCGCGUCCUUCCCCGCGCCUCGGCCGCGCGCCCAGGUUUUCCCGCACUCCUUGUUCCCCCGCCCCGGCUCGCGGGUCCCGGGCCUGCGGGUCUCCAGCGCCUGGGCCCGCGGUCCCGCCGCCGGCCCUGCCUCCCUUCCCACCGGGCCCCGCCCAGCCUCGGCCGCGCAGGGGCUCGGGGCCUGGCCUCUCCGUCUCCCUCCCACCUCCGCCCCACCUCCUCCCAAAGAGUUGCUAUUUUUAGUAAAUCCUCCGCGCGCCUCCACCCGCUCAGCUCACAGCUCGCAGCUCGCUGCCGCGCGCACCGCCCUCCGAGCUCCCCCCGCCCCCCGCGCGGCGGCCGCGGCGGCGGCGCGUCCCGCACAUCGCGCAGCGCUCACCGAGCCGGCCCCGCCGCGCCCGCCACCCUCGCGGCGGUCUCCUCCUCAGGCGCCUGUCGCGGCCGGUAAGUGCCUGCUGGCGGAGCAGCGGCGGUCCCCGAGUCAACUUUCAAUCCCCCCUUCGCUUCUGCCUCGCCAUUCUCUUCUCCGCGAAAGAUGGCUGUUUGGAGAAGGGGGAGAAGUUAGGGGGUCGCCGACGUGGGGCGAAGGAGGGCGCGACAGCCUCAGCAGGAGCGGGCGGAGGUUUCUCCUCUACCAGUCUGUCCAAGACCAACACUGAAAGCGGAAGGAAGGCGGUGAAUCUGCAUUCCAUCCUUAGUCCUUCUCCAGAUUCCCAGGAUGAGCUCGCCAGUGCAGCCUGGGGUGCCUGGGUGACUCAGUCGGUUGAGCGUCCGACUUCGUCUCAGGUCAUGACCUCCCAGU